UCUUCUUCUUUUUUUUCACAAAUAAUCCUGCAAAUUAAAUAUUUUUACUGAUCAUAUGGAUAGUAAAUAUGGAAGAAAUAUGAGAUGGUUUAUUUUCUUACUGAUAAAUGUCUCUCUUCAAAUUAUAUUAGUAGUGGGAGAAGGAGGCCAACACGUUGCAGAAGACCUUGAAGGGAAACCACCACUUAUAAAGAUGGCAAUGGAUACUCUUACUACAUUGAGGAAAUCUCAUAAGAAUUCUUGGGAUAAAAUCAAAGCCGUUAUUCAUGACUAUCAAUUGCAAUUUUUUCCUCCAAAUUUAGAUUUCAGAGGUGAAGGUGGAGAUAUAAGUGGAGAAGGGAUGAAGGAGGCAGCGGGCAAAACCUUUGAAGUGGGCAAAACAACGGCAGAAGAAUCUGCUAAAUCGGCUGCCAAAGUUGUAGGAGAAGCAGUUCACAAGGUCAAAGAUAAAUUAUCAAAUGAUGAUGAGCUCUAAAAAAUUAAUCUAAUUUUUAAUUUUUAAUUUUUCUGGCUUUUUAAUUGUAUUUUAGGGCUCUGGCAAAAAAAUUUGUAUUUUAGAGCAUUAUAUCAUAUUAUUAUAUGAUUUCCAGUCAUGUCAGUUGAAAAUAAUGCGAAGAAUGAUGUUACUG